AUGCAUUUCCGCUUAUUCAGCCUACUCCUUACCGUGCUGCCCUUUGUGGCCCUAGUUUCUACAGAGCUUUCGGGAAAUUUUGAAUGCGAUUCAGCCCCAGCUAAAUGGGGCCCAUGCGGCAUAGGUAUCUCCUUCCAAUUCCAUUCGUCAUGA